AUGGCCCAGGACCCCGAGACGGCGGCCCCGCGCGUGCUGUUCGGCGACUGGCUGCUGCGCCAGGUGGGCAGCGGCCGCUACGAGGGGCUGCGCUGGCUGGACGCGGCCCGCACGCGCUUCCGCGUGCCCUGGAAGCACUUCGCGCGCAGGGACCUGGGCGAGCGGGACGCGCGCAUCUUCAAGGCCUGGGCCGAGGCGCGGGGCCGCUGGCCGCGCGGCGACCCGCCCGCCCCGGAGAGCGCGCUUCGGGCCGGCUGGAAAACCAACUUCCGCUGCGCGCUGCGGAGCACGCAGCGCUUCGUGAUGCUGCAGGACAACUCAGGGGACCCCACCGACCCCCACAAGGUGUUCGGGCUGCGCCCAGAGCCGGGGUGCGGAGAGAGCCUCAGUGUUGACGGCAAGGGGGCAGAGGCGCCCGUUGCAGCAGCUGCACCCUCUGGGGGCGGGCUCCCCCCAGGGCUGUGCCUGUGCCCAUGCCCAGGGGGAGGAGCUGGUGAGGUGCCCGCGCCGAGCCGUGAGCCUGGCGCUGGGGGUCCCUGCCCCGGCCCAGCCGGCCUCCCAGAGGAUCUUCUGCUCCAGGCUCUGCAGCAGAGUUGUCUGGGGGACCACCUGCUGGAAGCGGCAUGGGGGGUGCACCCCAUGCCCCUGGAGGCUCCUGGAGAGGGCCUGUGUCCCCCCACCCAGGAGCCCAGGCAGCCCCCGCCCCACGAGGCACCCGGACCCGCACCACCCCUUGCAGCCCACAGCCCCGCGGCUGCUGAGUGGGCCCCGGGCUGGCCGGGCAGCACCCAGCUCCAGCUCCAGGCAGAGCCCAGCCUGGGGCCCCUGGAAGUGACCAUCAUGUACAAGGGCCGGACGGUGCUGCGGGAGGUGGUGCGGCACCUGGGCUGCGUGCUCCUGUACGGCCCCCCGGGGCUGGCCGCCGACACCGAGCCCCAGUGCGUGGCCUUCCCCAGCCCGGCUGAGCUGGCCGACCAGAAGCAGCUGCGCUACACGGAGGAGGUGCUGCGGCACGUGGCCCCCGGGCUGCAGCUGCGCCAGCGGGGGCUGCAGCUGCGAGCCCUGCGCCUGGGCAAGUGCAAGGUCUACUGGGAGGUGGGGGGCCCCCUGGGCUCUGCCAGCCCCUCCACACCCCCCCAGCUUCUGGAGAGGAACUCGGACACCCUCAUCUUCGACUUCAGCACCUUCUUCCAAGAGCUGCUGCAGUUCCAGGCCCAGCCACGCAGGGGCUCCCCGCACUAUACCAUCUACCUGGGCUUCGGGCAGGACCUGUCGGCCAGGAGGCCUAAGGAGAAGCACCUGGUCCUGGUGAAGGUGGAGCCAUGGCUGUGCCGAGCGUACCUGGAGGCUGCGCAGAGGGACGGCGCGUCCUCCCUGGACAGCAGCAGCCUCAGACUCUGCCUGUCGGGCUUCAGCAGCCUCUACGACGACCUCGAGGCCCUGCUCAUGGACCUGGGGCAGUCGGCCUAGGGCCGCCUGGCCAGGCGCCACUCUUGCCCAGCCAGCCAGACCCCCCGCCCCACCGUGUCCACAAGGACCGAGUCAACUCAGAAACUUCUAAAGAUAAUCUUUUUGAUAAAUUAGAACAA